AUGGACGUGGACGACGUGAUCGCGCGCCAUCGGACCCGUCUUGAGGAACACCGCCGGUUUCUGGACGGCAGUGCGGCAGCCAGCACAAAGCCGCCCACAAGCCCCGCCGGAGGCAGCCCGGAGGCGUUGAAGACCGCCGCACAGCCGAAUGCGGCGGAGGCGGAGGCCGCUUCGCCGCUGCCUGUGCGGCCGAGCGGUGCGGCACCUGGCGAGGUCCUGUCGCCGCUUUGCGUCGCCGCCGUUUCGCCUACGCGGAGGAAAACGGGCUGCGCGGACGGUGGACGUGACAAGGGCCCGCGGCGCUGGGGAUCGGCUAAAGCUGCGGGUGAGGAAGGACGGCUUCAGUGGCUGCGCGAGCUGAGCCCUCCGCCUGGUGCCGCAGCCGUCAUGCCCGGAAGGCGGAAGUCUCAGGCGGUUUCCCGUGGCGCGGCGGCGGAAGCGCACGGCGGGGCCACACUCCGUCGGGCCUCCAGCGGUCCAGCUGUGGCGCUCAGCGGCAACCACAAAAACAUUCAUGCAUGGAUCGCAGAGGAAGAGCGCUUUUUAAACGCCCAACUGUGGGCCGCCGGUCGGUACUACGUGACAAGGCCCGACGCCAUGUAUGCCAAGUCACAGCUGUGGCUGGAGGGUCGGGAGCGGUCGCUUCAACGGCUGCAGCAGGAGUUUCUGCGCGACAGCCUUGGCGAGUGUUCAUUUCAACCGCAUCUGGCAACCUCGAGGAGCCUACAGCGUCGGCCGAGCUCCGCGCACGCCGCGUCAAACUUGUGCGAGGACCCGAGUGUCGCCGCCCACCUGGAGCGCAUGGAGGAGGCGCGGCAGCUGCGCGUGGAGGCAGAGAGGCGACUGGAGGGCAACAGGGCGGGAACCUGGAAGAAUUUCGUCACAGUGCCGAAGGAGUUUGAGUUCGCCAAGAAGGUCACCGUCAUUCCGUCGUUGCGCAAGCCGCUCCUGAACGUCGUCCCGCUGCACCUUGACGAAAAGGCGGGGGAGGGGGCGACAUCGCACACGAGCGGCGGCUGCGCGGGUCCUGCCCCUGCCAUGGUGGCGGCCGCACCUCAGCGAGCACCCCACGAGGGAGGAGGAGGGAAGAAGGAGGAAGCGGUGAGCGAGCGGCCGGCCGCGGUGGGGGGAGACGCACCCAAUGCGGGGGAAAUUGGUGGUGCUGCCGUGAUGGGUGGCACGGCCGUUUCGCAGCUGGAGUUGGUGCCGCUGUUGGAGGCCACGGUGGCGCGUCUCACGGAGGAGUUGGCGAGCAGGGAGCAGCAACUGCAGGUCCAGCGAGGGGAGCUGGCCCUGCUGUCACGUGAGCUGGAGGUGGCCAAGGCGACGGUGCGGCGUCUUUCCCUGCGGGAUGUUGUGCAAAUGGAGGAGGAGAGGUGUACGACACCUGGGCCCACCUCGCCGCUAGCUUGA